AUGUCCUCUCCAUUCCAUCGUCGACCACUUCCGGACUAUUUCUUCGCCUCUCCUCUCACUGCUCUCCUUUAUCCCGUUCACCAGGCACUCCUGCGUCUGCGAGGGCCUCCCCGCCUGCCUCCUCCUGGCGUCCGGCCUAUUCGCGUCGUGUGCAUCUCCGACACCCAUUCCCAACAAUAUCCCGACAUCCCUGACGGCGACUUGCUUAUCCACGCAGGGGAUUUGUGCAACGAUGGCAGUAUCAAGGAGAUUCAAGAAGCGGUAGAUUGGCUACAACAACUCCCUCAUCCUCAAAAGGUCGUUGUCUGCGGGAACCACGACAGCUACUUUGACGUCCGAUCUCGUCGGGACGAGGAUCGCGAUCAUCCGUCCUCGUCGUCUUUUGCGGCAGUGUCAUCAUCGACAGCGUCUCUGCACUCUCUCGAAGACCUUGACAGUCAUCGAAUCGAUUGGGGAGAUAUCCACUACCUCCAGCACACCUCCGUGACCCUCUCAUUCCCACCCCAACCAUCAUCGCCCACUAGCGCCAUCUCCCUAUCAUCCACUAGUACCACCUCUACGUCUAAUAAUGCCGUCCGCACCCUAACUCUCUACGGCGCUCCUCAGAUUCCCGCAAUCGUCCCAUUCGGUCCAGAGCACGCCUUCACCUACUCUCCCCACCACGACGCCUGGUCCGGCACUGUACCACCCGAAACCGACAUUCUCAUCACCCAUACCCCGCCGCAAGGCCACCUCGAUCUCUCCCCCGUUUUCUCCACCGGCUGCCCAUACCUCCUCUCCGAAGCCUGGCGCGUCCGCCCUUCCCUGCACGUCUUCGGCCACCUCCACGAGGCCUAUGGCAACGAACCCGUCUACUGGGACGAAGCACAACAGGCAUGGGAGCGGCUCUGCGCUACAAGACGGGUGCGCGCCCGCGACGGCCGUCUCGUCUCCGUUUUCUGCGGCCUGUUUCGUGAUCUCCUCGAUCCGACGGCGUGGGUCGACGCUGCUCGUGUCGUUGUGUAUGGCGUGCUGGGCAUCGUCUGGGCUAAGGUGUGGGGUGGUGAGAAUCGAGGGUGUGGGUGGUUUGUGAACGCGGCUUGUAUGUAUCGCAACUCGGGGAGAUUGGGCAAUCACCCGUUUGUGGUGGACUUAUAA